AUGUCUGAUCCCGACUGUAACCCCAACAAAAUUACAUCUGAUCCUGACUGUAACCCCAACAAAAUUACGUCUGAUCCCACAUGGAACCCCAACAAAAUUAUGUCUGAUCCCGACUGUAACCCCAACAAAAUUACAUCUGAUCCUGACUGUAACCCCAACAAAAUUACGUCUGAUCCCACAUGGAACCCCAACAAAAUGAUGUCUGAUCCCGACUGUAACCCCAACAAAAUUAUGUCUGAUCCCACAUGGAACCCCAACAAAAUUACGUCUGAUCCUGACUGUAACCCCAACAAAAUUACGUCUGAUCCUGACUGUAACCCCAACAAAAUUACGUCUGAUCCCACAUGGAACCCCAACAAAAUUAUGUCUGAUCCCGACUGUAACCUCAACAAAAUUACGUCUGAUCCCACAUGGAACCCCAACAAAAUUACAUCUGAUCCUGACUGUAACCCCAACAAAAUUAUGUCUGAUCCCACAUGGAACCCCAACAAAAUUACGUCUGAUCCCGACUGUAGCCUUUAA